GCUGGCAAGUCCUGAAUGAUAAAAAAAACAGGCGUCCCGGAGCCGCUGACUCGAGGAUUUCCAUUGCAGUAAGCAAAGUUUUCACCGAGGCAGUUGUCUCCAUGCUGGCUGCGGGCCUGCAUUGUUUUCUCUUGUGAGGAGGAAGGAAAAGCUGGUUUGGAGAGGAGGGGGGGUGCUAUUUGAUCAUUUGUUUUAAUUUCUUCUCUCUUUCCCCCUCCUGUUUUUUUUGUGUCCUGAGGUAAUUUUUUUACCUCAGUUUUUUUUUGGGGGGGGGGAAAGGGGUGAGAGAAAUAUGGAGGGCCCACGGUGUAGUGGGCUGAAGCAGAGCAGGCGAUCCCGGUCUCAGAGGGACAGAGUGAGGAGACGGGAGGCUGCGAGCCGCAAUGCACGGCCGCACAGCCCUUCCUCGGGUUCCGAGAGGGACGAGAACCCGAGCUCCGGCAAAACGGCGGCGAUCCCGGCUUCAUCCCGUUCCUGCCGGCCCCCUCGCCGCAAGAGAAGGGCAUCGAGCUCUCAGGAAGAGGAUAUCAUCGACGGAUUUGCGAUCGCCAGUUUCACCACCCUGGAAGCUUUGGAGAAGGGCCUUGCACUUAGACCACAAGAACGAAAUGAAAAGUGGGAGAAGCAAGUUGGGAAGAAACCACGCCAGAUGGCAAAUGGCAUGUUGGCAGAGCCAAGUGAAAAUGGGCACGAGAAUGGAAAUAAUACCUUCGAAAGAGGGCGAGAUCAAGGAAAGGAUCGAACAAAGAGAAAAGUUUCACUGAAGAACUCCACUCAGAUGAAAAUCUCUUCCAAACAAAAUGGCAGGAACAGCGAAAAUGAGAAUGUCAGAGAAGCCAGUCCACAGAGGAGCAGCUCCCGAGACAAGCUUAGUGAUAUGUCAUAUACAAAAGAUGUGCGAAUUUCGAAAGCUGAAAAGGCCUUCAGUACACAAAGGGUUAAUCCUCCAACCAAACAAAGCUCUGCUCAUUCGUUUUCAGGACGAGGAUACUCUUGUGAUAGUGAGAGUGACAUUGAUGAUAAGGCAUCAGAUGUCGGCUCAGAGAAACUCUUCUCACCUGCAGCAAGUAAAGGUUCAAACUUCACUGGGAGCAGUCUGACGUUGAAUGAGAAACCUGAAACAAAGGGACCAGGUGUUUCCAAGGUCUCUGGACUAGAGCGUAGCCAGGAACAAAGCAAGGAGACACCCUUUGUGCCACUGGUGCCAAGUCCUCCGGCUGCUGUUGUACCUCCAGCUUCUUCAGCGUGUGCUUCCAAUAGCACAGCGAGUCCAACAGUAAAGGAGACUGUUUACCAGGCACAACCGCAAGCAAGACACCCAACGCCACAAUUACAGCCCCAAAUACAGCAUUAUCCUCUGUCUCAGAUUCACACGCAACCUCCUGUCCAUCACCAGAUUCAUCACCAAAUACCUUUCAGCAGUCUUAACAGUAUCAGCAGCAGGAGUAGCAGUGCCAGCAGUGCUGCAAGCAUCAGCCUACCUAAACACUUGCCUUCAUCCCCCCAAAUCCACUCCUUAAAUUCAUCAACUCCAGUGUUGCCCUUAUCUAUUCCAAGCCUUGCUACCUCACACAAUUUCUCCCUGAGGCCUCAGACUCAUCCUCAUCACCACGCCAUGUUUGCAACACCAGCUACCUUACCACCACCACCUCCUUUAACAUCAACCAGCCUUGUUGUACCGGGUCACCCUGCAGGACCUGGCUAUUCAGAUACCAGCCUGUUGAUAUCAUUCAACCAACCAAUCAUGUAUUGUCAGCCUCAGUCGGGAAUUCUGAUUGGUGCUUUGUCACAGGCAUCUCUGUUACCUCCACCAAUGAGUCCUCACGUAGAAAACCACCACAGCAUGACCUGCAGAAACAGGGAAUGCCAGUUUGAAAAGUAUACACCAAAAAUAGAAAAUCCUUUCUAUCGACAUUCUAGUUUCUUCCCACCGUAUGCUCCAACAGUGCCAGGCAUGCCACCCAUGAUUCCGCAUUCAGGUCCUUUUGGGUCACUUCAGGGAGCAUUUCAACCUAAGACUUCCAAUCCAAUUGAUGUAGCAAGCAGGCAAGGAGCAGUUCCUCACACUCUACUCCAGAAGGACCCCAGGCAGUUGUCAGAUCCAUACAGGCAGUCAAUAAGACUCCCACUCAAAAGGGUAAAUCUACCUCAAAAACCAAUGGGCAAACCUGGGAAAUGGUGUGCCGUUCAUGUGCAGAUUGCCUGGCAAAUCUACCAUCACCAGCAAAAACUGAAGCAACAAAUGCCGAUGGACCAUCACAAACUUGAAAUAGGGGGCAAGCUGGACCUGUUUAGUCGACCACCUGCACCUGGAAUAUUUCCUGGAUUCUCAUAUCCACAUGACCUGGCCAGGCCCCUCUUCUCAACCACAGGUAAUGCACAUCCAGCUGCAACCACCUUUGGACCUCCACCUCAUCACCACAGCAACUAUUUACCCACUGGUCACCUGGCAGAUCCAUUCAGUCGAACAAACACCUACGGUGGCCUUGGAAACCUCAGCACGAGUGCCUUUGGAGGAUUAGGCAAUCCAGCACUUGCUUCCAAUAGCAUGUUUGGUCACAAAGAAGCUCCAGGAAUACAAAGCCUCAACAAUGCUCAUGAACCGUGGAACCGUCUCCAUCGAACUCCACCUUCAUUUCCAACCCCACCACAGUGGCCAAAGCCAGGGGAGUCCGAACGAAGCUCCUCGGUAACUAAUCACGACAGAGACCGAGAUUUGGAGAAAAGAGAAUCUUCACUUAAAAGUGACAGAGAGAAAGAAAGGGACGGAGUGGAGAAAAACAGGCACUCCAACCGAUCAUCACCAGCAUCUGCCCCAGUCAACCAUCAAAUCAACAACCUCAUCCACAGCAACAGCCGAAGCAUGAAUGAUCCAAACAGGCACCACAGCAGCACUGAGCGAGAUCGGUCAAAGGAGCUGGAGAGAGAGCACACAGACCCACUGAGAGAGUUCCCUGGUACUGAGCAUAAAAUCAAGGAGAACCGGUCACCAGUAAAAGAUGGGCAGAGCCAUGAGAGACGAUUACCUGAAGAAAACACAAAACCAGUUGUGAGGCCCAAUUCUCCAUACAACAGAGGUGUGCUGAGUGAAAGCAUGAAGCUCAGCAAUUCAGUGAGCAAAGACAGCGAAAGGAAAUCAGAGCCGUCCUGUGACCUCCAGAAAAUAAAGAACGAUGUAAAGAUAAAGGAAGAGCGAAAGGAGGAUAAUGAGGUGAUGGUAAUAGGUUCGGACUCAUCUCAGCAUCCAAGGAACAAUGAGCCACCUCACCACACAUCCAUACACGGACUUUCACUGGGUCAUUCUAUGGGGCCCAUGCCCAUCACAAUGAGCAGCAUCCACCAGAUGAACAACAUGAACGUGCUGGACCGUGCACGAAUGGUAACACCUUUCAUAGGCAUGAACCCGCUGGCGGGAAGAGAACGACUACCCCACCCUGGAUUUUCAUGGGAUCCUGUCCGGGAUCCUUUACGAGAUGCAUACCGGAGCUUUGAUUUGCACCGCAGGAUGGAAUUCCCUUUACGCACAGAUUCCAUGCACCGGUUCCCAACAUCAGCUGGUUUCUAUGAGCAUGAUCGGUCAUUUAGAGACAGGGAGCCUCAUGACUACAAUCAUGAGCAUGUUCUGGAGGUCAGACGUGAACAGGAGCGCUUACGACACACAGAUGAAAGAGAACGUUUGCAUCUAAGGGAAGAAUUUGACCGUGCUAGGUUACAUGCCUUGCACACAUCUGCUAUGGAUAGUCACUUGGCACAUGUGCCGUCCUUUAUGCCUCAUAUAAGUGGAAUGCACUACCCAAGGCUAAGUCCAUCCACUGCCAAUCACAAUGGUAUUUUGAACAGGACCCCACCAACUGCAGCAUUGAGUGCUCCACCUCCUCUUGUACCAGCAGGCAGUGCACGGUCUGUCUCUCCCCGGAGGACUACACCACUCACUAACUCAGAGUCCCGGGACUACUCACCUUCUCGUAAUCCCAAAGAAGUUGAGGCAAGGUAGUUCUUGGACCUGGUGACGGCUGUCCUGUAUAUGAGAUCCUUUGAUUCAAAUAAUGCACUGCAACAAGAAGAGAACCCUGUAAAUUUAUAGAAUUGAAGCACAGUUGAGAGGGAUAUAAAGUCUGAACUUUGAUAUCAGAAGAUUGCUUAUAAUUGGAAUUAAUAUAUUAUCAAUUAUAAAUCUCUAGAUUUCUUUGUGCAGAGAAGAAUUCUGAAAUCAUGUUUGUACAUUUUUCCAAUAUUUGAAAUCUAAUUUGUAUGAAUUUGUAAUUUUAUUAUUUCACUUCAAUUUGUUUGCUUUUCAGUUUGUGUUCUGUUUUUCAGCAGUUACAGGCCUCGGACUAUUUUAAUAAUACCCAGGGUUUGCUAUUGGUAUCAUUAAUCAAGAUACCAAUUUACAAUGAAUCCACUGUGAUGUUUCUUAUUGAGGCCAAAAAUGACUUUAUUUGCUUCCCAAAAAUGUCUGUGUAUUCUGAGAAAUGUACAAAUCUGAAUUUGUUUUGCCUUAUUAACAAUUACAAGAUAUGCAGAACAGGUCCUUGUGGUUCGUGUACAAAUGUAAAUACUCUGUUGAUACUCAGAACAUGCUAAUUAAAUUCUUUACUUAGGUAGCCUUUAUAAAGGGUUUCUGAAACCAGAACAGCUCACUGGAUAUUUGUAGCACAGUUAUUCCUAUAGUGUCAUGUGGAAGUGUGCUUGAAGCUCAGUUUCAGAGAAGCAUAUUCAAUUCAACUAUGCAAGAACCGCAGGCAGGUCUUUCACAAAGGCUGCGCUACCAAACUAAUGGCAACAUACUGUGGGGUGGGGGAAAACUACUGUGUGCAACAGUGGAGACAUGUAAAUCCAUUAAGCAGACACAAUACAAGAGGGAGAGACAAAAACUGUUGGACCAAUUAGGCACCCAGUUCAGAGAAAGGUUUUAUUUCUCGAUCCACAACACAGACAAUGUAUUGGGAGAAAUUCUUAGUGGCUGACAAGGACAUUCAGUGUGGACCUUGUGUAAUUGUGCAGUGUUUUUAUGGAAUCUGUAUACAAAACAAAGUAGUAUUUUAGGAUCAAAUCUCAUGGUAACAUUUCUAAUAAAAUACUGUUAGCAAUGAAGUGCUUAAACAGGUCUUUCUUGCAGUGUGGUUCUGACUGAACUACUCUGUCUGAUUCUUCAUUUCUUGGUCAUAUGUAAAUUUUGCCAUGUUUUACUUGCUGGACAAAAAAAGCAGCAUCUGUGUUUAUAU